CCCGUGGGAUGCUACAGAAAGCUGGUGGAGUACUACCAAAACGGGGACCUCUCCUUCAAGUAUGUGAAGACCUUCAACAUGGAUGAGUAUGUGGGUCUCCCGAGAGAUCACCCCGAGAGUUACCACUCCUUCAUGUGGAACAACUUCUUCAAGCACAUUGACAUCUCUCCAGAGAACGUCCACAUCUUGGAUGGGAAUGCACCUGAUCUCCAGGCAGAGUGUGAUGCAUUUGAGGAGAAAAUCAAAGCAGCUGGAGGAAUCGAGCUCUUUGUUGGAGGUAUCGGCCCAGAUGGUCACAUUGCCUUCAAUGAGCCAGGGUCAAGUCUGGUGUCCAGGACACGAGUGAAGACCUUGGCUAUGGACACCAUCUUGGCCAAUGCCAGGUUCUUUGAUGGUGACCUCUCCAAAGUCCCCACGAUGGCCUUGACAGUCGGAGUAGGCACUGUGAUGGAUGCCAGAGAGGUGAUGAUUCUGAUCACAGGAGCCCACAAAGCCUUUGCUCUGUACAAAGCCAUCGAGGAAGGAGUCAACCACAUGUGGACAGUGUCUGCCUUCCAGCAGCAUCCCAACACUGUGUUCGUGUGCGACGAGGAUGCCACGCUGGAGCUCAAGGUCAAGACAGUGAAGUACUUCAAAGGUUUAAUGCUGGUUCACAACAAGCUGGUGGAGCCCUUGUACAGCAUGAAGGAGAGAGGAGCAGAGGGGAGCCAGUCCAAGAAGCCAUACAGUGAUUAA